UCAUAUCUAGAUUGACAUACAUUGUAAAUACAUGUUAUAAGUGUGCAGUUACUCUGUAUUAGCUGUAACAAGUGUACAACAAACCGAUGUGUAUAUUUCUAAUUAAAUGAGGUGCACAUGUGGGAACUGUACCAGAAUGCCAAGCGAAGCUGAAAACCUCUGCUGCCAUGAAGUAGGACAGGUUCUAAGACGAAUGAAAGAGAUUCCAGUGCCUCCAACAUGCAUGGUACACCAUCCCGGCUUUGAACCCAAUUGUCUUAAUCCAUACACCCUUCAAAACAUACACAACAUCUAUAGAACUGACUAUGGCCCUUUGAGGUGCAGAAUCAUUGAGAAACAAUACCGUCAGUUGGCUUAUCGCAGCUUUGUUAGCUGGUGCUGGGGCUACUUAGGACGGCAUGUCAGAGUUGUCAUACCGUCAUGUGUUGUACUCCGGAUAAGCCUAGAGUUUCCGGAUCAGUCUGGUGGCUAUGUUGGCUUUCGACCACCCCUUGAUUGAAUCGGGAGUCAUGGCGAGCAAUUGCUUCCUCCUAUGUGGGUCUCUCAAUCGUGGAACAAAGGGCUGUGGGAAUGCGGAUUUUCAGUAACUGUUCAAUAAAUGGAGUGGGGUCCACACACACUUCCUCAAAGACCAGCCUCAGUCGGUCAUCCACAUAGUCUGUCAAAGAAAAAAAUAUCACAAUGACAAUCACUUUAUUGUAUGAAUCAUAAACCAUAUCCCCUGUGCUUUGUAUGCGAUGCAAGUACAAUGUUUUUGUUUUGUAGUAG